CCUGGAGAAAACGCGUUUUACUUUUUGACGCUUGGAAGCGAGCAAAGACGAUACAGGAACAAGCACCACGAUGAACGCUGUGGAAGAAGACGCGCUGCUGCAGUUCCUCAUCGACGCUGGCCCGUUGGAUGUGCAGCCGUCGCCGACGGUGAUUCAGAUUGACUUAGAUGGGCUCUUGGACGAUGAUGUUGCGUUGGGGGACGACGACGACGAUGCGACCGAGAACUCGGCCACCGACGACACGUCCUCCGUCGAUUUCAACGAAAGCACGUCGAAACCAACCAUCGUUAUUCCACAGGAACUCAAGCGCAAAAUGCAGCUCGCAAAAGCGUCAAAGAAGCACCGAACGCGACAAAAGGACGAACUCAAGUUGCUCAGGGAAGUGGUCACACGUAUGGAAUCGCAGUUGGACAUGCUAAAGAAAGUCAAGGCAGUAGAAGGAGAGCACGGUUCUCAGUGGGAACAAUUGGCGCGCGCUCAGUACUUGGAGCGACAGCGCGCGUACCAGGAGAACGCCAAGCUCAAACGUGCGCUUGAGGACCAGCUCAAAUUCGCCCAAGCGCUGGAGACACUUGUUCGAAAGAAACCGAAACUAGCGUCGUCGUCCGAGUUUGAAAACGAAGAGUGGAAGCUCAGUAAGCUCGGUUUGACCAAGGAAAGCCGCGAGCACUCGAUUCGGUGCAUCAUGGAACGCCACUACGAAGCGCUCAAUGGCGUGCUUGUCCGCAACGCGCUAUACGACGCCACCCACGAAAUCAAGCAAGUCAAAAUGAGUUAUCAGAGCCACCACUCGAACGCCAUGAGCUUCGACAUGGCACGUGCGGUCAAAAUGCCAUUUCCGUACCUCAUCUACGCCGAGGCAUCGUGGCGCUUUCUCGCGUCCGUCGACAUGGACAACACUCCCGAUAGUGAGGCGAUCGAGGUGAUCGACUCGAACACGCGGUAUAUUUCUCGCAAAGUGUGCAAAUCAGGUGAAGCGGGGUGUCCGUUUUUCGGCAAGAGUCGCGCCACCAUUAUCUGUUCGCCGCUGUGUCGGCGGUACAUUGAGCCAAAUCGGGUCGUCAUUUUGUGGAAGAGCGUCCUCGAAGACGAGCUGUACCCACGGGACCCGACGCACUUGGUCUCAAACCAGAACGGAUGGAUGGUCGUUGAAGCCGAUGGCGACAACUCAUGUCACGUCAAAUCGUACGUGGAGCGGCUCGCUCCGAUGCGCGCAGGCAAAGUGGUCGCGCUAGAUGAAAUGAUGAAGUCGUUGCACAUUCCGUCGAGCUACGCAGACGAAAUGAACGCUGCCGAGAAGGGACAAGCCGGACGUUGCGGGUCGACCGCCGUCGUGAUCAAAGAUGACAAUGCCGUGGCCGGGUCAACUUGCACCCAGACAGACGUUGGCGUCAUGUCCGAGUACUUUAUGCGGUCCUUUAUCGGCAUGGCCCAGUGCAACGAGUUCAAGACGAUGGAGCUUGCGACCAAGUUACUCAAGGCCAAAACCGCGCCCCUCGUCGUCUAAGGCGUGUGAUGUUGUGCGUGUAAACAAUGCACCUUGCAUGAAAAAUAGAUGUGCCAGCAUGGCUCGGACGAUCGCCUCGCUUGGACGGUGCAGGUGGACUGUGCAAGAGAAUAGUGGAGAGUGACUGACGACUCAGCCAGAGGAUAAAUCGGUUUGCUCUGUCAUGACGGUGUCUACAAGG